CAUCACUGAUUCCCUUCGCUGUUUCAACCGUCUCGAUGCUUUUAACCGAAUAAUGUCACCAUGUGAAUGCUGCUGGACAUCAGUGAAUAUUUUGUCGACACCUUGUAUUCGGAAGUUGCAUUGUGCUCGGAGAUACUUGAGCUGCUUGGCAGAACGCGGGAGCAAAUAGAAAUGCAAUUGAUAGAAUUGAAGGCAGCCAAAGCUAGAAUGGAAGUGGACUGGAUUGACAAGGCGGACGCCUAUCGAACGGAUUCUCAUUGCACGCAGCUGAGAAAUGACUCUUCUCUUAUUAUGUGGAAACCUGGAGCCACGAGAUUCCCGGCAGAUUAACACCUUGCCCUAUGAUUUCUCUCCCAAUUGCGAUUAACAGAGAUGCUUUAUUGUUCAUAAUUCAGUAGAGAAACAAUAGAAUUGAAUUAUAAAACAAUUGAAACGUUGGCACGUGUAUCGUUAUAAGUUGUAUGAGGAAGC